GUGUGGACGCCGCUCACACCGACGGAGGACGACAACAUGGCGGCCUCCUUGCGUCUCGGUCGUCAAGGGAUUUUAUUCGGGCUCAGAAUAACUAAUUUUAAUAAAUGUAUAUGGGAUAAACAACCGUGGCAGGAACAUGUCAGACACUUCUUUCAGUCACCGUUUUUCCUCGGUGAGUGUUGACAGCUCAAUAUUGAGUUAUCGUUUGUCCUUGUGUGCACUGACAGCCGCGGACACUGAUUUUCUACUUUACAUGUCAUGUAAUUCUGUCACUCAGAUGUUUUUUUUGUUAUGAUACAGUAUCAAAUAACAUUUCGUAGAGUUGGAAGACUAUUUGUUUUACAUUUCAGUCUGUAAAGUGCGGGUGUUAGUACGUAAUUUUACGGGUAGGCGGGGUCCGAAGAUGAUAACGAACAGAUUAUCGCCUAGUUUAAACAUUAUGGACAUUUUGUUAGUCUAAUUCAAUCCCAAGCGAUAGCUCGACCAUAAAUCUACUUUAUUUUAAGAUUCGACACAUUCAGUCUCUGUUAACGUGGUAAAAAAAAAAAAGCUCUAUUAGAUGAUUGCAGAAGACACGUUGUGUGUUGGUGGUGUGCUUGAGGUAUAUUAUUAAAAAUCUAAACUAUGCUUUGAUCAUUUGGCGAUCUGUGAAGGUGCGAGUUUCCUCUGUUUCUUUCUAGCCUCUAAAAUUGCUUACAGACACACGGAUUUUAGCUGACAGAAAGACCUAAACGUUCCCACUACAACCGCUGUAAUUCAGCAUGUAGAAAUCUCUCUAAUCUCGUUAGUAUAACUACGGCGAUUUAUUUGGGUUAUAAACCAAGGACCUCCUGUACUAUGGUGCCAGACCCCGACUAUUAAUCGAGUGUUAUUUUAUAUUCAACCACUUAAUUUCUUAAUAAUUAAAAAAAAAAGUGAUAAAAUAUGCAAGUUUAAUCUCCCUCAUCAGUAUCUUGCAACUUCGUAGAGGAUCCAGACCCCAAAUUUGGGAAACCAGAGAUCUUGACCUUAUCUCAGAACUAGGAAGAUUUCCCACUGACAAAACUGGCAUAACCUGGGGCAUACAAAUACACAAAAACUGAAGAAAAGCCUGAGUAACAGUACCAAUGACACCAACGAGGACCGUGAGCUAACGUGUAAAAUAACAUUCAAAAGAAACUAUAAUAGUUUUCAGAUUUAUAACAAAAACAUGUUUUUCCUACUGCAAUGUGUCCUUAAUUUUUAAAAGGCCAAAUAUGUCCAGUGGUUGAACGACAAUGUCCUAAAACCAUGUGUAUUACAUUUGUGAGAUUAAGCUAGACCAGUGGUUCUCAAGUCCAGUCCUCAAGGCCCACUGUCCUGCAUGUUGUGGAUGUUUCCCUGCUCCAACACACCUGAUUCAAAUGAUCAGCUCGUUAUUAAGCCAUUACAGAGCUUGAUAACGAGCUGAUCAUUUGAAUCAGGUGUGUUGGAGCAGGGGAACACCCAAAACAUGAAGGACAGUGGGCCUUGAGGACUGGACUUGAGAACCCCUGUGCUUGACACAACAAGGGAUAACUUUUUUAUGUUUUAUAAUGUUGGUUAGGUUUAGGAUAUGAUAUGAUAAUUUCUCUUAUAGUUUCUUUCUCCUACAGUUUUGUCAACUUUAUCAAAUAGAUUUUUUGCCGCCAUAUUAGAUAAAAUAUGUAAAUAGUUUUUGGUAAAUGGCUUGACUUGAUAUUGGUAAGAGGAAUGAGUGAUACAAAGAGCAACACCAACACAGAGAUGUUAGAAGAGUCAUUUUUGACAAUGUAAAACUUGGGUGCCAUCUGAUUUAACAGUAUUUUGAUAUAUGAAAAUCAGACAGAAUCAAAACAAAAAACACAAUUCCCUUUACGUGUAUGCAAGCUUGUGUUAUUCCAAAAUAUCCAGCAGAUGGCAGCAGCACACAACAUGCAUUUGACACCACACAAGCUCUGCAUGUUUGACAGGAAAGGUUUAUUGGCAGCAAACUUAAAAUGACCUCAUGAUUGUCCAGUCUGUGGAAAAAGAGGGAAACUCUUGAUUACAUCCUGUACAUGUUGUACUUUGAAUUUCCAUCUUUUAAUAGAAAAAGAAAAAAAAGAACUUUGAUAAAUGAUGCUAAAUUCCAAUGCGAUUACACAGCUGUCAGAUCAACAGUUCCUUGUGAAAACCUUUGAUUCUGUGUAAGAUUUUAUGGAUUAAUUCAAGUCUGAAGUGCUGAUAAUUGUUAAAGAUUCUAGUUGUUUGUUUAGGCAACCAUGUUUAAUACCUACCAGUUCAGGCUCUUAAAAUGUGAUGACUUGCUGUUGAAUGUAAGGGAUGAGUUCUUUGAGUUUCAGGCAGGUGUGGUGAUAAUAAUAAUACUAAUAACAAUAAUAAUAAUGAAAAAGGAAGUUUAAAAACAUCACUUUGGACUCUGGAAACUUCAUUCCUUUACAGUACUUUGUUUAUGGGAUUUAAAGUUAAUCAGCAGAUGAACCUGUAUGAAAAUAAUAAAUGUAGGCCAAAUGUAGCACAGAAUCGCUUUGAAGUCCAUGUUUUGCAGUGAUUCAAAUGAGUUCUCCAGUCUCUGCUCACCGAGUAGCAUAUUGUCUCCAGGAAAAUGUGUUUAGUAUUCUGGUUGGCUUGUUGAGGUCACAUCCAGAAAUGAACUCAAUACCACUUGACAAAAGGCUUUCAUAUAUCGCCAUUGUUUUUUCUGUACACUUAUAGAUGUCUGCAUUAUGCAAGAAGCUCACAGGGUGUAUGAGAAACACUAAAUGAAGAGGUGUUUCCUUUUUUGUCCUUCAUUCAUUGUGUCAGUUGAGCUCUGACCUUCUGAGUGACUGCAGCUGGUGACUGGGAGGGGGGCUGCGAUGGUAACGCAAAAACCUGAAAGAGCACAAGUGCUUGUGCAGCCUCUGAUGCAGUGUCAGACCGGAUCACAAUUACAUAAGUGACCCUGCCAGGAUUCUUGCCAGCGUUUGUCUGUCAAAGCAGUCCCGUCUCUCCCAAUGAUUUGCUCCUGAGUUGAACAUGUUUCAUGUCCUUGGGUCUUUUACAACCCAACACUGUUGUGGGUGUACUUGUGGGUGUGUGAUAUAAUUUGUUUUGACACUCAUGCGGCCUAGUUAAUGCUGGUUGAAAGGUUCUGCAUAUGAUUUUAAGUGAAAUACCCCUGAUGUGCAAUGUGCAAUUCUCUCUUCAUCCUGUAGGUGUCAGCGCACUCAAGGUGCAAAUGCCUGCUCUCUCCCCGACCAUGGAGGAGGGGAAUAUUGUCAAAUGGCUGAAGAAAGAAGGUAAUAGACAUCACUUGCUAGCUUUUACUCCACUUUAAUGCUUGAUUUCUUCGAACUAACCAGCUAAAACCAACUAUAUUGCAGGCUAACAGUUAAGGCAGGCUCAUUCCGAUAAAUGUAAUUCUUACAGUAAUGCCCCUAAUAUCGGAUCUCAAAGCUCAGCAUUUGCUUUUUUCCUCACUGAUGGACCAACUCUAGCAAUAAUCAUUUGCUCAAUGACAUCACAUUGCUCUGCAAAGCUAACGCCUGAGCGCUGGAGCACCUGAGGGCCUCCUCUGGUAGGUAAUUGGCUCAGGGAAACGGUGCAGUCACUAUUCAUCAAUGCUUAGCAACUCUGUUCAGCCAGGCGCCUCAGCCGUACACUCAUUUAUCAGGAGGCGGCACGCUGAAUUCUGAUUGGCUGCCGCACUGUGUUGCCAUGUGCUUCUGUGGCUCGGGGUGAGAUAUGUACAUGCCUGUGAAAGUGAGAAAAGGAAAGAUAAAUUCUCAGUGACAAGAAAAACACGCCCGGAUGCUGUUCUUUUUUUAAUGCAUAAAUUCAUCAUGUUGAAUUAAGAGAGGAAGUAAUAAAACACUCGUUUUUAUGUAAUUCCACGAUUUAAUUUGUUUGAGGAACUUUUAGUCCAUCUUACUGAUCAAGCGUUAUCCUAACCAUCCUCUUGGUGUAAGGUUUUUUUUUUUUUUUUUACUUUCACUAAAAAAAAAGCGUCUUGUUUUUGCAGACUUUUGUGCCGGUAAGUUAACACAGUCCUGACCUGCGGACCUCGAUAGACUCUUUGCUUGUUUCGACCAGUGCCUUUCCACUAGAGCAGAGGUGAAGAAGGCUGGGGGUCGCCUGUUUAAUCUUUAAUAUUGCACAUCACAGCCAACCCUUGGGGUCAUUCAGUGUUAAAGCCUCAUACAAAUCCAAUCUUGACUCCACUACUGCCUGCUCUCAGAGGGGCUUCCCAUGUCAAUACUCCCUCUGCUCUUUCCACCUUCCCCUCACCCAUCCACAUUUGCUUUCUUGUUUAUCCUGUUUCUAUUUUAUCCUCCCCACACAGCUCUGUAACACAAACAGGACCUUUAAACUUCAUAUCUUUAACAUAGGUGAUAAUUUUGGGUUUUACUUGUUUGCCUUUGUCGUUUUUCAACUCUGUGUUACAUGCCCAGGUGAUGCUGCUUCUGACACCUUUUUUCAGUGAGCGGAAAUUGGAUAUAAAUGACCCUUGACCUUUUCUUUCAUGUUCCCUACCUCCUGCUCAGAUUUGACCACACAGGCAUAUUUCACAAAAAAAGGCUGCAUCAUUUGUCACCUUUUUUUUCCUUUUUUUAUGAAUCAGUAAAAACAACCGGUGCUCUAAGGUUAAACCAAAAUAUUGCUUACCCUGGACAUUAAACUGCAUCCUCAGCUCUCCUACCAGUGGGAGAAGAACGUCAAUUUUUCUCUGUAAUUUUCAUUGAAACCUGAUUUUUAGCCGUUACACCAACGAUGUUGCUCAAGUGGAUAUAUAAACAUAGAAGAAGAGAACUAUUGGCCCCUAAUUGCCAUCCUCUUUCAUUGCUAAGCAGAUGCUAAUAUAUUCCAUCUCUCUCCUGUGGUGGACCAGUGGGAAUCUUCUCAGAUUCUAAGGAUAGGCAAAGAUCUCGGCCUUCCAUCAGACACGCUGCAUUUUCAUAUCUCACAUUCUUUCCCAUGAAACAUUGAUUAGGCUCUGCGUUUGAUAUGUAGGCCAGAGACCGAGCAGUUAUUUUCUUGCGUAACCUUUUUGUCUCUUCAGUGGGAAUUCUCGCGACCAAUUUGUUCUCUGUGUGUGUUCCCCAGUGAAAGAGCAGUUGUUUUGAGCAUAAUGCUAGUUUAUCCUCAUUCAUUCAUACCCAGUCAGGGCUAAAAUUAAACAUUUUUCAAAUUAGCAGAGGUCAGGAACUUCUCCGAAAUAACAAUUUCGGAAAGUACGAGCUUUACAUGUGGACAAUGUUUUAUAGCUUUAAAAAUGUUUUGACUUGUUCCUUUUUUUUUUUUUUUUUUUUUUUAGGUGAGGCUGUAGCUGCAGGUGACGCCCUUUGUGAGAUUGAGACAGACAAGGCUGUGGUUACCAUGGAAUCAAAUGAUGACGGUGUCUUGGCAAAGAUACUGGUGAGUGAGGGAAACACACACAUUAACCUCUCUAACAGGACAUAAUUAGAGAAGGGAGUGUUUGACACAUUGCUAGUAUAAUUGAGCCUUGAUUAUCGCUUUGAUGUGUGUGUGUGUGUGUGUGUGUGUGUGUGUGUGUGUGUGUGCGUGCGUGCGUGCGUGCGUGCGUGCGUGCGUGCGUGCGUGCGUGCGUGCGUGCGUGCGUGCGUGCGUGCGUGUGUUUGCUUGACGAGUUUUUAUAUUACCGUGAUUUUUAAAACCCAACUUUUGAUUUCACUUACUAUCAAUUCUUCUUUUACUGAAUAUGUAUGUAUAAUAUAAAUUCAGGAAUUUGCAUUCACACUGGUCUUAUAAUAUGGUAGGAUAGUAUUAGUCACAUAGAAUCUCGUCUUGUGUAAUUUAUGCCUAAGUGUUGCAGAGCUCCUGCUUUUCCUGUGCUAAUUGGCUACGCUACAGUGAUAGCAAAGCUUUGACAAGGUGUCUUCAGUGACAAAUAUUUCCCUCCUUCCAACCCCCUCAUCAGGCUGUUUGUCUUUUGAAUUUUUAAUAGGCUGCCAAAGACCGAGCUAUUACUUGUCUUUUAUCAGAACACCACCACAUGUUCCUCCUCCUGAACAGAGAUGACGAUGUUUGAUCUCCUUUUGCAUGUUUGACUGAUGUGCAGCAUGUGAAGUGGGAGGAGAAGGCGUUAUUUCCCAACUAUUUUUUUUUUUUCCUUUACUUAAAGGUAAUAGUGAGUUGUUGCUAUGUGUAUUCCUGUGCCUGUAUGAAUGCACAUGCCCUUGCUCCAUGCCACCGAGACCUACUCUCCAACAAUCCAUGUUCCCAGGCCAUGCCUCUUUGGACACGAUUGCAUUCAGGAGCCAUGUUUAAUUAGAUACUGUGUCUGUCUGUGCAGCCUUGAUAAAAACAAAUAUACAAACGAGGAACUACACUCUUCAUAGACAGUAGAUUCUUGUCGUACGUGCAUAGGCUCAAAAAGUAUAAUUAAUCAACACAGCAUCAGGGGAAUGAUGUCUGUAAUAAACCAAACGUCUUUAGUUGUUUUUUUUUUUCUGCCCCUCGUUCCCUUGCAUCCAUUCCUCCACACUCCCUUACUCCAUCUUUCCUUUGCCACUGUGGGGAUGAGGUAGUUUCCAUAGCAACCACCCAAGAAUUGGGGGUAGGGGGCUUCAGAGCUGAAUCUGGCAGAGAAAGAUGGUCUGCAUUAGAUAAGCCCCCCGGCUCACUCUCUCUAUGAUGGAGAGUGUGCGCAUCAUUAAGAAGAAAAACAGCAGCUAGUGGCGGUGUGUUGAAGAUUUGCACACUCCCCUCACACGGUUUGGUCAGCGCUGCAUCCACUUUGUCUGGGUCAGAGUGCAUUCGCCCUCAGUGGUGUAAAUGUGUCUCUUUAUGCGCCUAGUAGGUUUCUAAUUUAGAGGCUACCAUAAUUACCUCCUGUGGCCAAAUGCUCUGACAUGCUGCUGGAGACGUGGGACUUCCUCUGCUCCACAGAGGUUAUUUAUGGGGGUCAACUACUGCUAUGGCCCUCUACCAAUUUCCAAUCCAUUGCUCUUGGGGGUUAGAGAACAGGGGAUAGAUCCUUUGGAGGCUGGGGUUGUAGAUAGCACCAGCACCAUGAGCACAGAUUACUGUAUCUCAUCAUACUCGGAUUGUGUUGUUAUACCCUGACCUGGAGGCUUCAAUCAGAAAAUCUGCCCAGAGUACAAUCAAUCAUUGCCUGCAGCAAAUGGCAUGUGUGCUCAUACUUAUAUACCGUGGUUUCAUCGUGUUCAGACGAGUCUAAAGAUGAAUGCUGCCAAGUUUAAAAAGAGGAUACCCAUCUGAAAAUGGACUGAUAGGUGCUUCAGAAAGUAGUUGAGCAUGGACUGGGUGGUGAUUAAUUUAAUGAAUGUCAUGAUAGAAAAUGACUGAAAGAUGUAUGGGGACAUUGAUGAAGAUAUCUGACACAUUUCGCAGUGCUUACCUGUCAGCUUCCCAUUUGUCACUCCCUUUCCCCUCCUCUUCAUCUCCACACACUGUCACCCAGAAAAUCAAUUUAUCAAUUGCCGGUAUAAAUCACUCUCUGACCUUGCUGUGUUCUCAGGUCAAAGCAGGUGAAAGGCCUGUAAUGAGCGCUGCAGAAUUUCUAACCAAAUCAUCUCAAAAUAUCAGCCCACAGGCUGCAAACAACACAUAGGCUGUGUCUCAUUUCAGAGACCGCAUCGACCUCAGUGCCCUUCUGCACCGUCGAACGGUGCAUUUGAAGCGUGCAUGACGUCACGACGGUGCGAACGGUGUCCCAUUUGGCACGAGAUGCUAAAAAAUGCUAAGCACGCUUAGCAUGUUUUCAAGCGUGCAUUUAUGCACGCUUUCGUGCCGUCGGUAUCCCAGAAUGCUUUGCGUGCCGCUGCACAGCUGCGCAUUUCAGGUAAGAGGCUGGACUCGCUUGGAGACACAGCGCAUCUUCAAAGAAAUUACAAGCAAUCCAAAAACAGCAGACAGUCAGCUCAGGCUGUAUGAGAGCAUGAUCUCUGAACUCACUAAAAUCUGUUAACCAAACAUUAAAGAUUUAGAGACGAACUGAUCCGCUCUGCUUCAACAAUCAAAAACAUUAGAAAUAAGAAAGCUGACAAAACUACAGCAGAGUAUCAGGACAACAUUGAGGUUUUUUUUCUUUUAAUAUGAGUUUAUUCUCCUAAAUUUACAACUUUAAUCUCUAAAUCUUAAAAGAAAAAAAAAAACUCAAUGUUGUCCUGAUACUCUGCUGUAGUUUUGUCAGCUUUCUCAUUUCUAAUGUUUUUGAUAGUUGUAACACAGCGGAUCAGUUCGUCUCUAAAUCUAUAAUGUUUGGUUUACAGAUUUUAGUGAGUUCAGAGAUCAUGCUCUCAUACAGCCUGAGCUGACUGUCUGCUGUUUUUGGAUUGCUUGUAUUUUCUUCGAAGACGCGCUGUGUCUCCAAGCGAGUCCAGCCUCUCACCUGAAAUGCACAGCUGUGCAGCGGCAUGCAAAGAAUUCUGGGAUACCGACGGCACGAAAGCGUGCAUAAAUGCACGCUUGAAAAAGAGGCGGGGGUAGUGUGGUUUUGAGACCGAAUUUGAAGCGCGCUUAGUAUUUUGUGCCAAACAGGACACCGUUUGUGCCGCGUGGUGACCUCACGUACGCGUCAGAUGAGCCGUUCGAUGGCUGCUGUAUCUGAAAUGGGACACAGGAAGGGCACAGAACGGCGCAAAACGGCAGUGCACUCAGCUAAGCGCCAUUAAGCGCGCUUAUCACGAUGCGGUCUCUGAAAUGAGACACAGCCAUAGAAUUUUAAUCAGUAUGCAGUCCAUAUUAUUAGUCCAGGAGUGAGUGUGUUGGGGGGGGGCUUAAUAUUUAUAUGGCAUGGAGCCUUUGGAGGAAACAAGGUUGAAUGCAGUUGAAACAGCAUUUGAUGGAGAUUUUCUUGACAGUUGAAACUGUUUUUAAGUGGGUAGAAAGCUAAAAAAAAUAAAAAAAUAAAUGGUGUUCACGAUAAAUCAUUAGAAAAAUCCUCCAUGAUAAAUAUUUGCCAUCCUGUGAUAAAUACGAUAAAUGCAAGUUGAUGACGUAAGCACACAAAGCCCACACAGAGCAGAAACAAACAAACAUGGCUGAAGGUAAUGAAGAAGACGUUUCUGAGCAGCUGGUUACUGAAUGAGGCCCCGCAUGAGGGAUUUCCUUCAAGAUUGGGGUUUAGAUGAGCGCAAUCAUGUAUGCCUGACUUCGAUCAGUGGAUCUGCUGCUGUUCACUCUGUGCAAUAAGAAUUUUCAACAAAUGUUGAAAAUGUUUUCACAUUUGAGACUUGUUUGAUGUCAUUAGUUUUCUCUAUAACCUACCACUUAAACGUGUGAUUAAGUAUCUUAUUUGACCACUCCAACAGGUGUUCUCAAGACAAAAUGAGUCAAAAUGGAAUUAUAAUAUUUUUAUCAGGACUUCUAUCAUUAUCGCCAGAAUGGCAAAUCUUAAAGUGAGAAAUUUUUUAGCCCAUAUCACCCAUCCCUGUUCAGAGGGACAGAGCUGACUUGAGGGCUGCAGAGUGAAUCGUGUCUUUGUGUCUUUCUAGAUUUUAUUGGGCAUGGAGGCUAUUAUUUCCAGGAAGAAGGAUGAGACUACAAUCCUGUUUGUGUGGCAUCAGUCAUGCUUCAUUGAUUGGUGUCAAGCCUCUUCUCACUCUGUAAACAAAAGCUUUCUCUUCUUCUGUUUAUACAGUGGCGUAUAGGUGAAAAUCAUUUUCCCUUUGCUGUAAAAUCCACUCAUGCACAAUCAGAGGCGGAUCCACCACAAAACAAGUUAAAAGACACGUUAAUAACUGCUGUGGCGAAGCUUAUUGUUGCUGAGCUGUUAGAUUCUCGGGGGGCUUUUUUGGCUGUGUGAUAACAGUUUCCGCAAUAAGUAGGUUAAACCUCAUAAAUGGUUUCGUCUGACUUUGUAAUGUCGUUAGCAUAGCUGAUGGGCUCUGGAGAGGUCCCUGAAGAGCAGUAUUUGAGAUCUGUUAGACUUUUCACUGAGAUUGUUGCCACAGAGCUGAAAGCUGAAGAAAGCAGAUUGUCUCUUUCCAGUUAUGAGCCCAGGGCACAAAUAAGCUGUGUAUUUCAACCAUUGCUGAAGCUGAGUGUACCAUCUAUACUUGCCAUAAAGUGUGUUCAGUAACCAUUUGAUGGCAGUGUUGAGCCCUACACAACUGUGUCCCAGACAUUCAUGCAUCCUGUAUGGCGUGCAUGUGAAUUAACUAUGAAAAUUCCCUUAAUCCUGGUACCAGUGAGUUGAUAGUGUAUGAGUUUACCUCCAAAGUGGUGAGCUACAAGAUUACAUUUUAUUUAUUAUUUACGUAUUUGGUGUUAACAUAUGUGGUGAACCGUCUCAUAGUUUUUCACCAUCUUCACUUUAAAGAAAUGCCCUCAUCUGGCAGUCACUGUCAUUGCCGUGAUUAUAAUUUCAAACCUUCACAUAAUGUUGGCGAAUAUUACUGUAAAACUGUAUCAUCUCAAUAUCUUUAACAGUCAGUGAACAUGAAUCUUGUUGUACACUAAGGGUGGGAAUCACUAGUGGCCGAUUUUAUCAAGACGAUUUUAUCAAGACGAUUUUAUCACAAUACUUGGUCCAUGAUACGAGAUUAUUGCGAUUUUUAACAUUUUGCAAUACAGUGAGUAUUGCAAUACCAUACAUUGCAAUUGAUACAUUUUUUCAACUGUUAAGCUAAUCAGUAUUUGUCUUUCCUUUAUGUUUGUCUUAUUUACGCUGCAUUUUAUUAUCAUGUAGCACAUCUUGCAAACCUCAUCUAUUUUUGUUGUACUAACUUUCUUCUGCUCUAUGAUGUCACCUCUGCCAACCUCACUUGACAAACAGUUGAUUUUAUUUUUCCAUUAUCAUAGAUUUGACUUCAUAUUUGCAAUUAAUUUGAAAAAUUCGAUACUCUGUAAUUGAGACAAUACAGUAUAUCACCAGACAAAAUAUCACAAUACUAUGCUGUAUCAAUUUUUUUCUCCCACUCCUAAUGUACACCCCAUCAUCUUGUGUAAAUUUGCACAGAUCCCAGAAUACAUGAUGAGGAUGCAUAAAUGUUUGACUUCAAUCCGAACACGAUAAGCCUUGAUUUGUGGUGGUUGGACCAUAGAGGUGCUGGAAGGAUUGGCAGCAAACAAAAAGAAACAUCAGGAUUCAGUUGGUGUUUUUUCUGUUUUGCAGCUGACUUAUGAGUCUACUAUUUUCUUGAAUUUCUAGUAACUCUUUGCAUUUUCUCAUAUGUAUUUUGCUCUCUUUUUUUUUCUCUAAGAGGCAAAUAACAUUUUCUGAGAACAUGCAAAUCUGUGUGAGUAGGUCUCCUAUGUUUUAUAUUUUUGUGUGUAUUUAUAACUACAAUCAUUCUCUGGCACCUACAUUUUGAUCUGUUCUGCUUCUGUCAGUAAGACUAUUCCAUGACACAUGCACACAUGAUAGUGUGUGUGUGUAAGCAUGUCAUAGCGCUUUAAAUAAAUGGAGAAUAUCAUGGUGCACGUCUUUAGGUCGUUUAUUCUCCAGAGAUAUAAUUUUCUCCUCACUUACACAGAGAUAUGUCAAUGGUUGUCUGACAACAUAUCACAUAUCACAGCCUUGCUUGUGUCAUGACACUGCAGUCCACACUCCUGUGGUCUCUACAUGUGGAAAAUUCCCCCGGCACUUAAGCAAAGGAUCUCUGUGGAAAGUAACAUGGGUUGGGAUUUCCAUGACCGGCCCGCACACUCACACACAAUCACCAUUUUCCACAGCAGCCGUGUGUUAAUCACACAUCAGACCUGUUGUUAAGCCUUCAAGGUUCAGCCUCUCACAAGUAGGGCUGCACGAUUAAUUCAAUUUUAAAUUGUAAUCGGGUGAUUUGAUUAUGAAGAUGUUAAGAAAAUUUAAAUCGUCAAAUUGAUUUUUUUCUCUCUUCGCACCGUAGGCUCCCCUUCCUGCAAGAGCGCUCCCCAGUUCCCAGACACACCAGUGUAAAAAAACAUGAUGUUUGCAAAAAAAGGCGAUAAUUUUGUGGCUAAAUAGGGCAAGAGCAAGUCAGUCGUGUGGAAUUGUCACGGCUUCGCAGUUUCGAACAAAGAGCAAACCACUCCUCUCUGCAAAGUCUGUCUAAAGGCGGUAUCAAACAGUCCACAUGGAAACAAAUUCAGAUGUCACUUUUUUUUUUUUAUGGGCAUUUCAUCCCCACGGAAACAGCGUUUUGGGUGGCUGUAAACCAUUUCAUCUCCCCCAACAGGUUUAUAUGACACACAGUGUAACUCUUAAAUGGUGCCUGUGAGUGCCUGGCCAAAACAACCUUUAAACGCAUGCUCUGUACUCUUCUUCUGUCCUAAGGCAUUUCCUCGGCAGUGAUACAGUGCAACUUAUUGGCUCGGGAAUAUGCACUAAAAUCGUUUUCAGUGGUUUAGUUUUGGGACAUAAUAGAAAAACUUAUUAAAGUAAACUUUGGUGAAGUUGUCACUGAAAAAAAUAGAAAUCGAGCUUUCAGGAAAAAAUUGGGAUUUUAUAUUUGGCCAAAAUCGUGCAGCCUUACUCACAAGUAGCUACUCCAUCGAUCCCCCCCAAAGGUUUCAUUGUAGAGCUGCACAGUGAUUUGCACGUUCAUCUCUGCGUCUUAAUCUUAAUGACCUUGCUCCAGGACAAAGGGUGUACACUGAACCAAAUAAGCCCAGAAUAAGCAUGUAAACAUGAGCGCAGGUGUUCAUAUAUUCUGCGCUUCCUUCCAGUUAGGUGGGUAUGAUUACUGCGGUGCUGCUUUGUUUUGUUUGCAUGCGAGAGGUAGGCAGGGAGGCAGAGUACAUGAAUAUUUCUGAAUAUACUGAUUUUUUAUGUAAUCAAUUUCAUUGUGACAUACAAACACCUAUUGUUCUCUACUCUGUUAGCUGGUAUAAAUCAAAGGUUAUCAGCUAUUUGUUGAUGACUGCCAAUGGUGCCAAACAUGCUGCUUGAUAAUAUGUUUUUUUUUCUGCUCCUUGUGUAAUUCCUUUCUGUUUGUAGCCACCCUUAGGAGGUAGCUCACUGAGUGGAUGCCUUUUGAAAAGAGAUGAAGUGCAGUAGCUCAGCCCUGUGGAUUGUGCCUGGCCUUUCAUUUACGCUGAUCAAUAUUGACUGAGGAACAACACCUUUGAGCUUGGGGAGAGUUGCAAGAGGCUAGCAAUAGAUUUGGAUUACUCUGUAACAAGAUAGUGAAUCAAUAGUUGACAGUUUCUAACAGCAGGGAAAUACAUCAGUUGCACCACAGGAUCCUAUUCCAGGACAGUGAGGGUUUUUUCUGCUUUUUUAAAGUUGAUAGGAAAUAAAACUGAAAUAAUUCAAAUUGAUUUAAAUGUGCAGGUUGAGUCAUUUGAAGUGCUUCCUUAUUAAGCGCUGACAGAAUGUUAAUCUGCUUAACGGUGAACUGAUUAACCUCAUAUUCACUUUCUCUCAAAGUAUUUUAUCUCUGCUUCCAUUUCACCUUUUCAUUCUAGCUCUAGCGACUGCACUCAUUCUAAUUUUCUCUACUCGCUGUAUAAGUGCCUCUCUCCCCCUCUUUACAGAUGGAGGAGGGCAGUCGCAGCGUGCCCCUUGGCACUCUCAUUGCCCUCAUGGUGGAGGAAGGGCAAGACUGGAAGCAGGUUGAGAUCCCCCCUCCAGAUGCUGCAGCUCCAUCCCCUGCUCCACCUGCUCCACAGGCAGCUGCUGCCCCAGUUGUGGCCCCCACUGCCGCCCCCUCUCCACUUCCUCCCCCACCAGCAGCCACAUCAGGACCGUGAGUGUCACUUACCGUCUUUGUGGCAGCUGAAAUCAUAUACAUGAGUUACACCGAUACUAAAACCUCUAGAGUUAAAAUAGGUCUGUAUGAUCACUAGGGGUGGGAGAAAAAAUCGAUACAGCAUAGUAUUGUGAUAUUUUGUCUGGUGAUAUAUCGUAUCGUCUCAUUUACCAAGUAUCGAAUCUUCAAAUUAAUUGCUAAUAUAAAUUCAAAUCUAUGAUAAUGGAAAAAUAAAAUCAGCUGUUUGUCCAGUAAGGUUGGCAGAGGAGACAUCAUAGAGCAGGAGGAAGUUAGUACAACAAAUAUAGAUGAGGUUUGCAAGAUGUGCUACAUGAAAAUGAAAUACAGUGUAAAUAAGACAAACAUAAAAGAAAGACCAGAAAUGCGAAAUAAGCUAUACAGUUACACAAUAUAUGGUAUAGCAAUACUCACUGUAUUGCAAAAUGUUAAAAAUCACAACAAUAUCAUAUCGUGGCCCAAGCAAUGUGAUAACACUUUAUCAUGGGGCCACUAGUGAUUCCCACCCCUAAUAAUCACAUCUAUGUGGGGUGUAAGCACCUUGCAGGGAACAGUAGUUCCAAACAGAUGAACUUUGGUUUUAACCUACUCAUGUAUAGACUGGGAUUUUUGAAAUUGAUCCUGACUCUUUUUCUCGUCCAGAUUGCGCCUGAGUCCAGCAGCCAGACACAUCCUAGACACCCAUGGUAUAGAGCACAAUCUAGCCACACCCACUGGACCAAGAGGACUUAUUACCAAGGAGUAAGUAUGUCAAAAAAAAAAAUCCCUCCACUUCAGGUAUUUUGCAAGAACGUACAAUUUACAUCUCCUUUUUUGUAUUAAAAAAAAACAGAAAUUGUUUUACUAAGUUAUUGAAAGUAUAAAUAUUGGGGAAGGGGGUUUGACAGCCCACUUAGAAGGGCAUGUGCCCCAAUCAUAUCACCAAUUCUAGGAUCAGUCUCCAGUCUCUGCAGGAUUUGGUCUAUGUUCUUUUCCCCUUUGUGUCUCCACAUUUUUGUCUCAUUCAGGGUACCCUACCCUUUAAUCAACGCAAACAAUAUUUUCAAAAAAAAAAAGCAACGUCAUGCAAAGUUUGAUAUGUGUUUUAUUAUUCAGUUGUCAUCUUGAUCUUAGGAAGCAGAACAAUUAAAGAACAAUUAAAUUAUGUAUUUUUUAUAACCUGUUAUACAAAUGGAUUUAUUUUAAACACCUGUCAUCUGCUGUCAAAGUAACAACAGCUUCUUGUUAUUAAAAUGUGAUGCAGUAAUUAUCACCUGUAAUUGGGCUUUAAUAACAUGAUGUAAGGCCAUGCAGAACAGAUUAUUGCACUGAAAAUCACAGAUGUAGAAAUGACGCAAACAGACUGUCCGUGUUCCACUGUAUGUGUUUACACAGGAGGUGAUGUCUCAGCAGAAGCUGUUGCUGCCACUUUAGUAUUGGAUAGGUCAAAGUGCAGAGAUAGGGAGGAGGGGGAGGGAAGUCUUCUAACACUGCAGUGUUUUAGAGAGACUGAGGUGUUGACCAGAGCAUCACAGGUUACAGCUCCUGCGUAGGUAGUGGGAAUAAGUGAAAAAAAUCUGUUGUUGAAGAUAUCCGGGGCUUAAAUCCUGUGAACACACUGGAUUCACACGACACAAAACUGUGAGCACAAACUCUCACACAGAGCGCCUGUAGCCACCUGCUGUCAGCGAGAGACCUGAUUAAAUGCUCUUGUUACCCACCUUACACCCUGCUGGGGAAUCUAAUUAGGCAACUCUGGUUGCCAUGGUAACCCAGUCUCCAGGAUCCAUAAGUGACCACUAAAGCGUAGACCUUAAAAGGUACAAGAAAAAUGUAGAUGAAACUCCUUGAACCAAAACCCGACUAACCUUUGAGAUUAAACAAAACCUAAAAAUCCUAAAACAAAAGCCCAGAGAACUGAACAGAUCUAAAACUGGACAUGAAGUUUCAACAUUGAUUAGUGUUUCUUUUUAAGUCCAUUUGAGAUGAGUUUUUUUUUUCCUCAGAAGUCUGAAGCCAAGGUGCUUUCAACAGAAGAAUACCAAAUCAUGAAUAUGAAUAUUACAACAUUAUUUUGAAGAGCGCUGAGGGAACACUGUGGAGAAGAGCCUGUUUCUGUAUCUCUCUUGUUCCCGUGAUGCAAAGCUGUAAUUAUCUGUCAGAGUUGAUAAACACGAGCAUGUCAUGCUGUUUUCUGCAGGUUUGUCAACAUGAUCUCUGGGUUUUGAAGUCUAAACGGUUUAAUCAGCAAAGCCAGUUUAAUUAUACCUUAAAUGUUCGUUUUGUCAGACUGGAAGUUUGAUCACUCAGUUACCUCGGCUGUGUUGGACUCAGCUUGCCAGUUCACAUCCUGACACCUAGACUAGCUAAUAAGUCCAGCUCGUACGGAGACAGGAUGCUAAAAGAAAGCAGAGGAAGUUUCCACCGGGUUUGAAAACCCCCCUGACGCAGAGAAGUUGAAAAAAAGAGUUCAUCUUUCAGAGAAGCAAAGAGGAUCAAUGUGCUUGAAUGAUGUUCGUUUUCCAAAACAGUUUGUUGGCCAAGCCUCAGGCAGAAAGAACUAUUCAAAGCUUCACUUUUGAGGCAGUACAUUGCUCGGUAAUGGACUUUUAAAAAAAUCUUUUUAUGUGGAUUUUCUGUUUGGAAAAACUCCACAUUAAGAUGUUCUGCAUAAAAAUCUGGGCACCAGUGGACCUGUGGUGAGAAAUUAGAAAUGGUAAUGGUUUUAAUUAGAAUGACCAAGAAUAACAAAUCUUUAGAAAAAGAACAGCAGGUCUCCAGAUAGUAUUUGUAAGCUAACACUAAGUUCAUCUUAACAUAUUUUGGUCAUAUUGCUGCUCUGUUGUCCACAUUCUGAUUCUAGGUCAGCUAAUUGGCUUUUUAUUUUAUUUUGGACAUGCUAACUGAUGCUAACAUUUUCAAUUCUUGCCAUUUCUCUGCACCCCCUUGUCCUUGAUAUGUAGAUAUCAUGAUUCGCUGUGUUCAGCGAUCUGUUAAACCUUAGUAUACAGCUGCGUCUGAGGUAAUUGGAGAGGCUGAACAGUUCUGUUCUUGUUUCUAAACCAAAUCUAUGCAGACAUUAGAGCCUUGUGCUCUCAGCUCCUUUAAGAGAAGGCAGAAUAGACCCUAUUUCCCUUUCUUUGUCCUGUGGCACAUCAGAUAAGACCAGGGAGAGGUGCCCCUCCCAUUCCAACCUCCGCUCCGCUGAGGCCCCUCUAUAGUGGGCAUGAAUAACAAAAGGUCACGCAAUUCAGAAAUGAGAUCAUAGCUUGUUACAUAAUCCACAGCUAGGUGUAAAUACUGAUUGUGUCCAAGUAAAGCCAUCUAUAUUUUUGCUUUUUUUUGGUGGUCUGUUGGUUCGAGAACAUCACCAGCAUUUGCUUUAGACUAAAGAACUUUAUGACGAAUCACUGUGUCAAUACAAAGGAAAUGCUGCCAUUUAUGUGGAGUGAAUGGCUUUCAAGAAUCCAUGAAAUGUGUAAAGAUGAGUUUAGACUGGAUGCAUGCUGUGAUCAAGAACAAGUUAGACCAUUUAAGCAGGCUGGCCUCUGUAUAACAAUUUAGUGACCAAAUAUCUAAGAGUGGUGAGUGAAUCAUGACCUUGCUAUCUAAUCCAUUUUCUGUUCCCUAUUGCAUGGCCCAAGUGUGUGUGAUUAAAAAGGUCCGGCUUAGAAAGUAUUUUUAAUAACAUGCUUGGUUUUGACCGACAGAAGUAUUCAGUAGAAGAGCUUUGUCUCAGUCUGUAUCAAUUGUUAAUCCAGUCAGGAUAUAUUUUGCGGUCAUUUACAGUAAGUCAAGUGUAACAUUUCAACAUUACAGAACUUUAGAGAAAAGGUUUCUUCGAUUAAAAUGGUACCGCUCUCACAUAUGUUUUGGUUCUGUCCUAAACUAGACAGGUUUUGGAAAUUAAUAUUUACAACUUUUACAGAUGUUUUGAAGAUAUCCUUGAAACCUUCUCCUAUAACAGCAAUUUCUGGAGUUGUACCACCCGAUCUACAUAUCAGCCAUCAAUCAAAGAUUAUGAUAGCUUUCAGCUCUCUUCUCACACAUCCACUGAUACUGUUUAAAUGGAAAGAAAAAUAUCCUCUAACUUUUAAAUCAUGGAUAAAUUAUAUUAAUUAUUCAUCAUUUGACAUGUGAGCAUACGUAUGAUUAUGUGCAUUUUUGCCUCUAUAUUAUAUUAUAAAAUUAGUGUUUAUUAUUUUUUUGUUUUCUUUUCUUUUUCUCUUUACUAAAUGGAGUACAUUAAGAAAAGGGCUCUGUUGGAGCUUUGGAGUGGGGGGGGGGGGGGUUCACAGUUCAAAUUUUUUACAUGUUUGUGGUUGUAUAAUUGUUAAAAAAUAAAAUAAAAAGACCUUGACUAAAAACAAACAAAAAGAAUGGUGCUGCUCUUAAAAAUCAUGUCAAGGACACACAGUUGGUCAUGUCUCGUUAAAGUACAAAGCUAAAACUAUUCUAUGUUAAUGCAAGUUCCUUCUUUGCUGCUAUGCAGAUGCAGAUGUAAAUGUAUUUAGUUUGUGUAGGUGAUUGUUUUCAGGUAGUAUGUUUAGCAUCUCCAGUUAUACCAGAGCAUAGUCCUUUGUCCAUUUUCAGGCCAAGUAAGAUCAUUGAAUAGCCCGUCUUUUUGUAAUUGUUCAUGACUUCUAAUCAGUGAAUGUUACAGAUGCUAAAGUCCUACAACCCUUCCUACAUUUGUCCUAGAUGGCAGUAGAAGGCAACAUUUAUGUAGUCAUGCACAUCCUGCACUCAUUUGCCUAGUGUGUGUGUGUGUGUGUGUGUGUGUGUGUGUGUGUGUGUGUGUGUGUGUGUGUGUGUGUGUGUGUGUGUGCAGGAUCCCUUUUUAAUAUUCUGCUCACCCUCCCCAAGUCUUUCAGGGGCUUCGUUGCUUUGGUUGUCAGUGAGGCUGUAAAUGGUUUGUGUGAAUAGCACAUGUGAGCCAGCUACACAAAAGGUAUCUAUGGUGUCAUCAGAGAAUGGCCGCUGUAGGCUGUUUCCUUUUUGAUUUUAUUUUAUUUUCUUGAUAUAUACUCAGUAAGGAGUUCUUUAGGUUUUAUAUAAUGUAGACAGUUUGAUCCCCUAGGCUUGCUCCCCCUGUACUUAAUUAAAAUUUACUCAUUUGUUUGUGUUUCCUAGUGCUGACCUUUUCGACACCUGAGCUGCGUUUUCUUUUUUCUUUUUUCACUUUUAUGCUGCGGUCUGACUCUGUUAUCAUGGGAAACUUAAUGUGGUCCUCUCAGGUUAGGUGGGGGAUUUCCAAGUUGCCUCAGUCCUUCCACAAACAAAUACCCCUAUCAGCGAGAGAAACAUGUGCCAGAGGAAAUAAAAAGAUGCAGCCCAUGAAGGAGAGAAUAGCUGGGGGGCCCAGACAGUUCCUGGCUACAUGGUGAGGUCAGAUGCAGCUGGUCCAGACAAAAGACUGGAUGUGUACGGUUUGUUGGACCCCAGUGCAUUGAACUGGAACGAGAGAGCUUCAAGCAGGCACACCUGAUACCUGCCCCUCCUUCCUCUUUCACUGCAAAGAUUAAAACUAAUGGAUAAAAGAAAUCAGGGGCAAAUCAUUUUACAUUUCACAGUGAGCUUUUCAGUUGUUGGAUGAUCCAUUUGUGGGAUUUUACCCUUCAGCUAUAACGUAAGGGUGUCUUUUUUACUAUACGACAUGCAUUUGUACCAAAAACUAAUAAGCCAUUGUGAUGUUGUUGUUUUGCUGGAGGACAUGGAUGAAGCAUGGAAAUUCGGAAAGUCCAUGCCAGGAGGAGGGUUAAUAGAAAGCCAAGGUUUUGAAUAAGCUGCAGCUGACACCUGAUCCUGCCCAGCCUUGCCCUGCUGGGGUUUGUUUGUGACUAGCAAAUGAUUCUCAUGAAGCCAAUCGGCUGGUCAACAGCCGAAAGUUACCCCUCUCUCUCUCUCUUUCUCUUUCUCCGUGGAAGUCUGACACAAAUAAAAAAACAGACAAAGCUAGCAGAGAGCUACUUAUAAGCUUCCCAAUUGGACACAAAUGGGUGAAUAAUGCAUUAAUGCUGUCAUAAGCAGCUUCAGUGUUUGUUUUCUACACUUGUUUCAUCUACAACGGUCAAAGCUGAAUAAAAAAAGGCUCUUUUCAUGAGAUUUUCUCUGUUAAAUUUAGGUUAUCAUUGAUGAAUUCAAGAAGAAAACAAGAACACUGGGAAACAAAUUCUUGGUCAGCUUGAUUCAGCUUACUUUAUCUGUUGAACAGACUAUGCAGUAUGAAUAAGAGGGCCCAAAUAAAGUUGACAAAAAGCAGAAACACUGCUUGGAAAGUAUUUCUGAAGAAGUCAGGAGGAAACAUUCGUGCGAGGAAAUGUUGCUUUGUGAGGUCUCACUCGACCUUAUCUUUAUGUUGUCUUAUCUAGUUUGCAUGUUUGUCCUUUUCUGAACCUUUUUUCCAUUACGUUGCAAAGCUGUGUUUCGUGCUGUAUUGGUUUACUUAUGCUGAUAGCUUCACAAAAUCAUCAGUCCAACUCUACUUUUUUAGCUAAAUGGUAAAAAAAUCACCUGACCUGAUGAUAAAUCCUCUGUUUACAGUGGGAUUGAAGUGUUUGUUAGCUAUGCUGCAGUUGAUGUAUAACGUUAACGACUCGUCUUUUAACAGGUUAAUGAAAACAUGAUCACGUCACUCCAAUUCUGGCGUCCCUCCAUUGGCUUCCCGUUCACUAUAGAAUUCAUUUUAAAAUUGUACUGUUUGUUUUUAAAUCUUCAAACAGGUCAGCACCACAGUACAUCUCUAACCUCUUAAAUGUUUAUAUCAUAGACUGUAUAUAGAAUAGAUGCUGUCUGCCUCCUCGCUGGGUGAAGCCACCCUGAGAACAGCGCCCUCUGGUGACGGGCUGCAGUAUAGGUCAUAAAUCCCGCUUCCUCCAGCAAUCCCUAUGGAGCUGUGGACAAAUUUUAGAAAUUAAUUACACAGAAUAUUAAUUUUUCUCCCCCCUGAUUGCAGUGUUGACAUGUUGUUACUGUAAGACUGGUUUGUGCUCAAGUCCUCUUUUUUCUGUAAAGCUCAGUUUUUUAAAGUUAUUAGGGGGUUCAUGUUUUCUAUGAUUGAUACUUAAUACAGCCUAUGGGCUUACGAAGAUUUCUUAGUUCACCCAGGGGAUACGGUGUUUGAUAACACUGUUUGAGCUGAGCGUCAUCACUGCGAUUCUCCUGCCAAAUGCAUACAAUGCUACUGCAAAGUGUUGGUCUCAGGAAGAGGGAGAAGAGUGGAGAAAAAUUUUACCUGCUUUUAUUUAUUUCCUCUUAAUGUUUUUUUUCUUUACUUCUGCAUUGGGGGUUCUUUUAAUUUUACUGUGCAGCACUUUGGUAAACUUAAAUGUUUUUUAAAAAUGCGCUUUUUAAGUUAAGCGGAUUGGAUUGGAUUAGAUUGAAUGAUAAAAGGUAGUUACAUUUAUUGUGAUUGUUUUUUCGUUGUUUUUUUUUUAACAGAGAUGUGUUGAAUCUCCUGAAGACGUCUCCUCCUACCAAAACUGCCACAGUCACAGCUGCCUCGCCUCCCCCGAGUCCUGUUCCAACCCCAGCAGCACCCCCUCCACCACCAGGCAGCAGACCCAACAUACCUCCUCUUUCUGUACCAGGGAAACCAGGAGCACCUGUAAGCUCUUCUUACACAGUGGCACACACCCACACAAACACAGAGUUUACACAUCACAGUUUGUGUCUUGUGGUGACACUGAAAGGAGAGCAAGAUAGCAUCAGCUGCAGCUGACUGCUUAUCUUCUCACGUAUGGUUCAUGUCAGUCAACUUUAUCGCAGAGCCACUCUGACCUCUCAUAACUCAUCGUCUUGCCCCUGAACUCUAUGUUGUUAACCCACUGACUCUUGACAAAUCAAUGGCUGCCAAGAUUUGUUAGACCUUGUCUGCCACUGUUAUCCAUCAUGAAAAGUCCUUUUCUCCUUUCUUAAUUCCGUACUUCCUUUCUUUCCAAUUGUCCCCAUGUACAGGGCACUUUCACAGAGAUCCCAGCUACAAAUGUCCGCCGUGUGAUCGCUCAAAGACUAACGCAGUCAAAGACCACCAUCCCCCAUGCGUACGCCUCUGUUGACUGUGACAUGGCUGCUGUCAUGCACCUCCGCAAAGACUUGGCCAAAGGUAAAAAUAGAAGACUAGAGUUGAGUUUGUAUGCAUUAGCAGUACUCUUGUCUCUUAGUGAAUGUCUGAUGGUAACAUUCGGAGGGAAUUUUUCCAUGAAGAUGUAGAUUUCAAGCUUUUCACAUGACUGCGCCUUUGACAGGGAGGACAGAUUCUCGCAUUGCAGUUUUCUCCGUCUCCGCUUUUGUCUCUAUUGAUAUGGUUUGGUGGGAACUCACAGGUUGUAAAGCAGGAAUCAAUGGGAUGUAAAUGGCUAAGAAGUCAAACACCCCUUAAGGGCUGAAUGGUGUGCUGCAGGAUCUCGGAAACAUCCAUGUGUGACACCAAUCAGAUCUGCUUUCUUCUUACCACACAUUACAACACAAGGCUGAUCACAUCUUGAUAAGACACCCACAGUUCGUCAUAGACAUAGCAUGCAGCUCUUAUCUGUUAUUUCUUUCCUUUUACUGAUGGGAUGGCCAACGUGAGAUGGUUCACAAGUGAAUUAUCUGUAUAGACACAAAUUCUCUGAAUAAAUAGCCGUUCAUUGGAUUCAUUUCGCUUUCCUUCAUAUAGCUUUUCCUUUUUCUAGGAGAGUUUUCUCCGAGAGUUGUCACUACUUUCUGGUUCAAAUGAAUUACUUUCGUAUUUUCUCUGUGAUGCAUGUUAUGUAAUAAAAAAAGCACUUUGGCCUUGAGAGGAAAGGAGAAGUGGGCAGGCAGUGUAUGUUACAGUAAAAGAACAUUGAUAGGUCUCAUAAGUGAGUCUUGAAAAUGCACAAGACACAAAUAGGACUUGAAAAAGCCCCCCCCCCCCCUUGUUUGGCAAGUUUCUUUUUUACUCAUCAGCCACAAAACUUCCCCAGCAACUGUUAUUGAGCUAACCGCAGUUGCCUGCAAUAAACUGUCCAUUAUUUGUUUUGAAGGUGAAAGGCGGCUGAUGCCACAACCAGAGAAAGGGAACAGUGCCACGCGUCUCAACAGUUAGUCUAUGACACAGCUGCUGCAUCUGGCCAAGAAAAUAAUUGAAGUAAAUGGCUGCUGUCAGUGGAUAUCCUGCAAUGCUUACUUUGGACCAUUUUACAUCUUGAUACAGUAAUGACGCUUUGCAGGUUUUUCUAUUUUGAAACAUCUGAUUCAGCCCACUCCAUAAGAUUGUCUCUAUUUAGCUUUGCCUAGCUGCUAAACUAACUGUAAAUCUCUCUGGGUCCCGUCUCUGUGAUGGAGGAAAUGGAGCGGUCAUUCCAGACCUAUUAGCAAGCUUGUGUGUGUAUUGAGGGAUUCUCUCUCCCCCGGUUGUUUUUGCGCGGCCUCAUUGUUCAGGAGCAACGCGAUUUCACGGUUAGCUCAUUAAUCAUCCCGCUUGCAGCAUUCAUAAACCGUCUGCUGCUGCACUAAUAGACAGUGGUAAAAGUUGGCAGCAAUGGCAAGCUCUUCUGUCCUUCUAGUACGUCACACAGAGCUGGGGAGCAGAGCACAUGCUUGAAACCAAAUCUGUAUGAAAGUGCUGCUUCUAAUCAGCUGGUCACAGUAAGAUUUACAAGUUAUAGGACAUUUUUCAUCAGUAAGGAAAGCUGAGCAUCACUAGUCCUCCUGUCACACUGCAUAGGUCUUGAAGGGAAACUCCAUAAUGUUUCAGCCUAGUUCUUGUUUGGUUGUUAAGUGAAAAGACUCUAAAUAACUAAUUCACAGCUUUGAUCAUGUUAAUACACUUUCAUCAGUUGUUUUGGUUUUAAUUUGAGCUUGAGUUUCUCUUUCUCUUUUCAGAACAAAUCAAAGUGUCUGUGAAUGAUUUUAUUAUCAAGGCUGCUGCUGCUACACUAAAAGUAAGUGGAUCCUUUGUUUCAUUUAUUAGUUUACCUUGUUUGUCUUUCUUUACACCUCCCCUAACCAUCCUUUACCCUUCCUCCUGUGUUAGCUUUUACUAUGCACCCACUAUGUUAACAGGUCGGUUUCGAGACGUGUCUUAAAUCAGCUGUAAAUUACACUAAAAACAAUUCUCUAUCACCCAAGUUGGUUCUCAUCUCUAGGUUACCUUGUUACGCUUCAUUAUCCAUGAAAAUAUUGCUUUUAAUAUUUUUUGGUGUGGGCCUCUUGCCCUUUCUUUGUCAGUAUACCCCUCAUACAGACAUCUAUACUGAAUUGAUUGCACAUGUCUGGACAUGCCCGAUGUUGUUUUUUGUGCAGGGGAAUCCCCUAAGUCUCACAUGAUUGGAAGAGGAUCUGACUGUCAGUGUGGUGCCUGACAGUGUACUUAUGAUUUCAGUUUUUGCCCUAAUUGUUGCUUUUUAAUCUAAUCAGGUCAACAGUGACCCUAACGUGACAAGUGCCAUAAUUUCAUAAGAGCAUUUCAUAAUUUAGUCAAUUUAAUUUUUAUUUUGUUGAAAUAGAGGUUCCUGACAAAGUCAAAAAGUUGUGAUGCGAAAAAGCUAGUUUAUGUGGUUCUUUUAAGCAUUCAAAGACAAAAACAGGUAUGUGCAGUAGGGCUGCGAAGUCCUAGUCUUAGGCCCGGACUACACGUAUAUAGAUAUUUAUUUAUCAGGAUAUUUUUGUACUCCCAUCUAAAUAAAUAUAUCUGUCCACAAGUGUUAGUUCAAAAAAAUAUCUGCGUCCACACAUAGCCUUCAAACCCAAUCUUAUCUGGUGCCGCUUAAAAAAAAUUCAGGAACAUAGCUACCUGAUUGGCCGAUGAAUCGUAACAGCGUGAUGGGUCAUGCAUUGUUUGCGGAAGCUACGCUAGUGCGUCGGGUCCAUGUGACGGACCAUGUGACCAAUAAAAGUAUUGGGCGCAGCAGAAGCGUCUGUGAGCUGACUGACUGGUGGAUGUAAUUGUAUAAAACAAGGUUCACUUGCAAGGUUGAAAUUAGCCCCAAAAGGGCAAAACAAACGUAAAGGAUACCCUGUAUGUCCGCCAUCGUUGUUGUUGUUUUUCUUUUUAAUUCGCAUGCACGAGCUGCAGUUUGACGUCAUCGAUCCGUAAAAGUUCAACCACACGAAUCCACUUAUACGGAUAUAUUUUUAUUUCUCCACUUGGUUUUUCGGAUUCAGAUUUAUCCAGUUUGAGUGUUCCAAACUCACGUUUUGGUGUGGUAGGGAGGCCUAAUCGGACAUAAAUAUGUGCGGUUUGAAAUAUAUCCACAUUCGUGUAGUUGGGGCCUCAGUCCUAGUUUCUUUGGUUGAUUACAGCAGACCCUCACACAGGAGGAGGGUUAAAUCACUUAUUGAAGUUAUUAGAAGGUCAUCUUGUGUGUAUGCUUAACAAACCUGUUCAAACAGCAAUCUGAACUCCAUGAUAUCCAGCAUAACCAAAAGUAAUGUUAUUCAUCCACCUUUAAAGAAGUCUCUUAUAUCCUUACUUAUGCAGGCUCUAACUCAAGUAUUAUAAAAAAUGUGUCCAGACUCAGACUCUAAUUAUUUUACCCUUUUUUCUUGUCAGUUAAUUAAAAUUCUGAAGAAACUCAUAAACUAUCCAUUUUCAUCAGCUCUUGGUGAAAACAAGCUGAGGGAAAAAGAUAAACAAAAGCAGAUUUUUUGGAUUAAUUUUGCAAGAAGUAAAGAUUGAUUUUGAUUUGAUAAGUGCACUGUUAGAAAUGGUCGUUAAAAAAUAAAUGCAUUUGCAUAAUUGAUUUAUUCAAGAAAAGACCACAUCAGCAGCAUCUAAUAUGGGCUUAUCUUCAUUACUUAUCAAAGAAUACUUUAUCUGCAGUACUAUAAAGCAUUGGCCUCACAAAUUAACAUAUUCCCUGACAUCUCAGAACUCAUCGUUGCUCCAUGCAGACUGUAACCCAACUGUUUGGUGCAUACGUUACAGUAAAUGAGAGGAAUGUGGAACAAAAAUCUGUACAUUUCGCGGUUAAUGUGAGUUCAAAUUCCAAAGAACUGCUCUUCGUUCUUGUAGUCUAGAUGCUAUUUUUGACUGUGCAAAUCCUCACAUGGCUAAAACACUUGUUUGGACUGACUCAUGCACAAAAUGGUGAAAUGUGAUUCUCUUGUGUAAGAUUAACGUCUGAAAACUGACAAAAACAGGCUUACUUAACUUCACCCUGAGAUGACUUAAGUACAUGAGGAAGUAUUCUCUACAACCUUCUGUUUUACUGUUCCUGAAUUUGUAAUGUAUUUUUUUUAGAAACAAGAAAUGUGUCUGUGUUUAUAUUCCAGGAUUGAUUCACAAAUAUAUGAUGACAUAAAAAAUUACAGAUACCUUCUGUUGUGGCUCCUGUCAUUUACCCAGCAAUCGUGAUCUAUAGCUUUACAGGAAACGUCAUAGUGUAGAAAGGAGGUGUAUUCGUCCUUUAUCACCUUUUGAGCAUCUGUCAUGCGCUUAAGAACAGCACAGAGGCACUUUGUAACAAGAGCAUCAGAACUAACCAUACUGAUAGUAUCUGUAAGAACCUGGGCUGAUCUCUGCUCUUUAUCGUAGGAGAUGCCAGAGGUGAAUGUCACCUGGUCUGGUGAGGGACCCCGGGCCCUUGAUUCAGUCCAUAUUUCAAUUGCAGUGGCCACAGACAAGGGCCUCAUUACCCCAAUCAUCAAGGAUGCAGCAAACAAAGGAGUCCAGGAGAUUGCAGCCAACGCUAAGGUAAGAGAGUAUAUGGACAAGAACAUUCAAAGACUGUUCUCAUAUGCUUGGGUCUGUUGGAGGUAAAGUUUUUGUUGGAGUUGUCCUCUGAAGCCCUCAGGCAUAUCAGUCCUAUUAGUCAUGCUUUCUUUGACUUGGUAGAUUAUAACUGUAAGCUGUGGGGUCCUUCAGUGUGUCACAUCAGGUGAAGACAUGCUAUUGAGUUGUUUGGUGGGAAUAGAUAAGGAAGUUGAGACCUGAGCUCAACCCAGCUGUAUGGGAAAACAAACUCUGAGGGCGUUGUUAGACGUUUACAGUCUAGUUUUAAUUUCAUUCAAAAGAAAUAUAAAUAUGUUUGGUACUGUAUACUGUAUAAGAGAGUCAUGUCUGUGUUCAUAAAUCAGAGCUGUGCAGCUCAUUUAGCAGCUGAAAUCACAGUGGCUAAAGGAGUAUUAGCAUGAGUCGUGCUAAUCAAAGAAAACAACAGGACUGAACAUAAACAUGACAGUAAGUCUUACAGUUAACUCGUCAUUGGGUGUGUAAUUAAGUUUUAGGCACACAUCUUGUCAGAUUAUAGAAAUUAUGCCUAAUCUGUAAUGGUAUAAUUUGUGCAAACAAAUCAUGCAAAGAUGUAAGAUGUAAUCGCAGUUGUUACGGUGUUGUGUGUAUGUCUGCACAGACAUCUUAUCUUAAAUGUCAGUAUAACUUAGUGUGAACAUGGUGCUUUAGGGAUAAUUGCAGUUAUGUGACACCUCAACUGGUUGCAUUUGAUUUCAGCGAUUUAUAAUGUACGAAUUUGUUUUUCAUCAACACCUCUUAACAGCAUUGUUCUAUAAAUUUAUUUUCUUAUAUAUAGUAUAAAGGUUACAAAGUGCUAUGUAAGAAGCUCUCCUCACUUCAUCACAGUAAAUGCACAGUGAAGGAUAAAAUACAGCUUGUAUGUUUUAGUUUAUAAAAACUUGUCCUGCUAUACUGUGCAUCAGACAAGCAGGAAAUGAGGUAUAGUGAGCAGGUGGUUAUGCAAAUUAGAAUUCCAGUGAUGUGAGACAGACCCCUCUACAUUCUUAAAAGGUCCUGCUUACCCUGUCAGGAUUCUGAUUUGCAUUUCCACCUCCUGACCAAAUUAUCCCACUUUCUGUCCCUCUACCUAGUCUUACUCUAAUCCACUAUGAGCAAAACACUUUUGAGAGAGAGAAGUACUUCAUUAAUCCCCAAAGGGAAAUUCAAUAUUGUUUUCAAAUAUCGGAAUUCAAUUGGCAGGUGACAGUGGCAAAGCAGAACUUCCAUUAAUAAUCAGAACCAGAGCCAUGUUUAACAGCUUUUUACAACAAGUGAUGGCAGGAAAUAAAUAUGUAUUUGUAAGUCUGAGUGCAAUGAGUUUACUGCCAAACUAUCCAAUUGUCUGCCAUACUUUUAAAAUGCUGUUUUUAUAAAACACGUUUGUCCUUUUUAUGGCAGAGAUGAAGGUGACUGGCUUGGAAGAUUUCAUUAAAAAAAUGUUGCCUCUGUGUCUCCUGGUCAGAUGAUGCACUGUUGUUGGUGCUUACUGUUCAAAUCACUGGGAAAAACAUCAUCCCUGAGCACACAAACCAUUGGCACCAUAAGCAGUCCACUUAAGCCUUCAGAAAGUGCUUUGCCACCCACUACUAUUCGGUUUAGUUAUGCUGCUGCCUUGAGUCAAAUCCACAUUUGCAAGUGCUUAUUAUUCUCAAAUUAAAACCAACAUGUGGUUUGAAUGAAGGGAAGAGAGGUCGCUCGCUGCUGGCUAUUGAUGUGAUAGAGAGCUCCAUGAGACUGCUUUGUACUGAAAGCUCUCAAAUGUGCCCACCAUGUCCCACUGUGUUUCGCUCUCUCUGCUGGUUGUUCGCCUGCUUUAACCUUUGAGAACAUUCCCAUUUGAGAAAGUUCAGGUUGGUUAUUAUGGCUGUUCUGCAGUUUGGACUUAACUGAGAGAAAAACGCUUGUAAAAAAGACAUAUUUGAUGAUUGCUUUUUACUGGGACCACUCUUCACUCUUUACUUGCAGCUGAAAAUGGCCUUUACAGAUCAAGCACAUGUGCCUAAUGUGUUGCACAGCUUACUGUUCUCUGAAUCCUCUGCACUUCUGCAGCAGACAUUGUACCGUCAACAUACUUAAGAGUCUGAACUGACUGAAAUGUGUUUUCUCUGAGGUUGUCACUUUCAUUCUUGCCCCGACUGAACAUGAAUUUACUGAACCUGGCUGCAGUAAUGUGUUGGUUUUCCUCAACAGAUGUCUCAUCUUCCCUUCUGGGUGUUUUCAAUUCCCUGUCUUCAUUUUAGCAAGGCACCCUCUGGUAGUUUCCAUUUAUCUCAGGUCUUGCUAUCAGACACUUAAUUAUUUUCCAGAACAAGAUCUUUAAGACAUGGCCCCUGUGGCCUUUCACUGAAUAUAUAAGAAUGAUUUAAAACUGGGACUUAAAGGCUUAAAACACUUGUAAAGAAUUGUUCUGGACAUUAAUAAUCUGUGAAAUGUGUCUGAAUAAUGGCAUGUAAAAAGGCAAGGUUUGGGAUCUUAGCUGGAUUGCUGCAAUAUCAAACUGGUUUGGAUAGGAAGUGGUGUCUGUGCUCGCAAGGAGACUAUGUAAACUGAGGGGGUCACAAAGAAUGGAUUGUGGCUGCUAUUUGCACCAGGAUUUGGGCAUCAUCAGCCCCUGCUUUCUGCUCCAUCUCAAAUGUUAAAUUCAAGAAGCAUGUUUGUGGGUAAUUGUAGUGAAGUUUCACUACUAUGUUGUUAAAGUCCUACUCCGAUCGUUUGUUGUUUACUACUCAGGUGUUCUCAGUGGUCUUUUAAUUGUGAUUAUAAAGUUUUUAGGCAAAAUCACGUUACAUGUGUCAUUUUCAAGGGCUUUUCUUCUGCAAAGCUCCAGUAGCUCAUUAGAAUUCGCCUCUGAGUCAUGGGUGGAGUCAGCGCUGCUCUGAACACUUUUCACACUAGCUUGCAGCCUAACAUUGCCGGUGUAGUAGAGGAAGCAGGUAACAUUUGAGCUAUUCAGCUCUCAGACACUGAUGUCUUUGGGGACAUGAUGAAAGUUAAUAUCAUAAUUAGCUCUGUUACGAGCAAUGCAGUAUGCUAACGCACACGCUUGUUCCAUGAUCGUCUUCUCUAUUUUUCUGAGUGUGGCCUGCAUAGCAGGGCUCAGGGGGCGGAGCUUGGAUAUGUGACAUAGGAAAUCUCACUUUGUCUGAACCUGCUGUUUGAGUCUGCAAGAGAUUCACAGCGAUUUGAAUGCAGAAAUACUCAGAAGUGCAAUUUUGCUCCUAUUUUUCUCAUGAUUUGUCCCGUGGCAUCAGAAAAAUGCCAUACGAGCAUGUGAAAAACAAGAAAAACAUUUUCAUCAGAGUGGGUCUUUAAGCUUCUGAUUGUGGUGAUGAGCCAGUGACUUCACUCCAAAUGGUAAAAAUUAUUAUAAUGUAGAGAAUUUGGAUGUAUUGUUUUUAGGAGGUGGAAUUGUAGAUCACGAUCACUGAAAUUAGUCACUGACCGCUCUUUACAUAGUUUUGCUAUAAGUUUUAUUUGCCCUAUCACUAUUGUCCAGAGUAAAUUUUCCUUCCUUAUUGCUGUAUAUGUCCAAUAAGUGAAAUGGUUUGACUUAUACUGAUUGUUUCUUCAGGCACUUGCCCAGAAGGCUCGUGAUGGGAAACUUCUACCUGAAGAGUACCAGGGUGGCUCGUUCAGGUAAGCCUCUGACAUAUAUCAUCUCUUUGUGGUAGUGGAGGCCUAAAACAAAACGUUAGUUUCUGUGUUUUUUCUUCAUAUCUAGUUUUGUUCCAUCCAUUUGAACUUUCAUUCAAUACUGUUGCUUUCAUUUCACUUCAUUCUUUCUCACAGUCUCCUUCGUAGCUCAGCUAUGAAACAGCCAUCAUAGAUUUCCUCCAUUAUGACUUAAAUCCAGUUUUGCAGCUAGUCAAUACAUUAUGCAUAUUCUACAUUUCAUACGGGCCUGAACUGAAGGUGCUCUAAGGCGACAAGUACCAUCAGUUACUGUGCCAUCAAUUGCAAUAAAGUGGGAGCCAGGCUUUUCAACUCAUUAGAAUUAAUGGUGUCAUUUAGACAUAAAUGGGGUUUCUGUGUCAGGCAGGAGCGAUGAAUUCCUGCGGAGAUGCAGCCCUCUUUGUCCUCCUGAGGAUAUAUAUGUGUGUAUGCACUUCCUCUAUUCCUUUUCCAUCCCCCUGAGCUACAACUCUCAUUAAGGAAAACAGCAAACUGCCUCUGGGUUAGUCUAGCUCAUCAUACACAACAUUUAGGGAGACAUUUGGAGGCCGGAGCUGCUGUGCGAAUCAUUACUGAUCAGUCUUGUAUUUGUAGAAUAAGAUGUCUACAGCUAUUAGUAUGUUUCUGCCCAAUGCACUCACUCAUAUUUUAUUCACUCCCUCUUUGUUGUGUUGUGUCAAGGAGCUGGUUUUAGUAGCAUCAUUAUGCCUGCUUGGUUAACUUUUAUGGAUUGUUCUCCUUGCUGAGCUUGACUGAUCAUGUAUUAUCUACUUUCUCUCCCCUCCAUCUCUCUCUCUCUCUCUCUCUUUCUUUCUCUCUCUCUCUCUCUCACUCUCUCUCUCUCUCUGGCAGUAUAUCAAACCUCGGGAUGUUUGGUAUCAGUGGCUUCAGUGCAGUGAUCAACCCCCCUCAGGCGUGCAUCCUUGCAGUCGGGACCUCCAGGUCAGAGCUGCAACUGUGCGAGGAUGACCAGACCCUGCGCACCAGGCAGCUGAUGACAGUUACACUCUCCAGUGACGGACGGCUGGUCGAUGAUGAAUUAGCUUCACGAUUUCUAGAUAAAUUCAGGGCUAACUUAGAAAAACCACAAAGGAUGGCCCUAGCCUAAAAAAAAAAAAAGUAUGCAAAGUAAGACAAGACUGAGCAAGACACUCCUCCAUGACAAAGCCCGGGUUAAAAGAAGAGUGAAAAAAAGGGUGUCAAGCUUGUACAUAUUAUAAAGUUCUGUUUGUGGCUCAGUUCUGACAGAUAAUCUCCAGGCUUUGUGAUGGAGGAAUUUAACUGGCCUUCUCUUAAUGAAAGACACUUGCAGAAAUGCAACCACAACAAAAAGGAAACUCUCACAUCCUGUAAUAUCACACUGGUGUUGUACAUAAAAAGUGUCUAUUCUGUUUCCAGUUCUGUUUUUUAGUUCCAGUGCAUCUGCUCUGUGUCUAUUAACACACACGCAACUACUUCUAUAAAAUGUAUUCGCUGGUCAUUGAUAUUUAUUGUCGAACUUAAGAGGCAGUGCAGCUUCUAAACAGAUGAUUAAAUUUCAAUCGGAAGUCGAUUGUCCAGUGUCAGUGUUUUAACUUAUUUAAAAUGGAUGCUUCAUCAUCCCUGAAAACCUUAUCUCCAAGUCCAUGUGUGUACAAAGUAAAUGCAAUAGUUAGUGUUUGGUUUCUCUAGAUACAAAUAAAGCACAUUCUUCAGUCUUGAUA